AUGAGUCAAAAGCCUUGGACCGCGGGUUAUUAUUGCCCAGAAUUUUUUUACUUCAUCAAGGCGAGGAAGAGAAAUGGCGUUAACGGCAUCGGUGAGAAGGUGCAUUACACGCGGCGGUCGGAUCCGGAGGAAUUCUGGCAGGUCCGCAAGAUUCGCGAGGUGCUCCAAAGCGCCAAUCCCCCGAUAGAAACCGAUGCAGACAGGAUUCGGUCGGACUUCCUACCAAUCUUCUCGGUACUCGUUUACAUCCGCGAGGUUAGCACUAUUGAAUGGUUCCUGAAAGAAGAGAUCUUUGGUUCCCGUCUGCCGCUUUCCGAGAAUUACCAGGUGGAAAAAGGCUGCAUGAUGACCGAAGAGGUUCUUGCAAAGUUCAUCAAAGAACAAUGGCUUUUCUGCCCCCUUAGCCUCCGUCGGGACUACGACAUCCAGUGGAGCGGGAAACCCUACAAGCGUGAUCUCCAGGAUCGCCAGGUCAUACCGAUACCGGGGUGGCCGGAUCCGUUGCCAAGUCACGAUCGUGGAAAGGGAAUCUACAUAGUGGACUGGCCUGAGAAAUUGGAUGGAGGAUGUAGCGACUCCGGUCCCACAAAGGUUGUCUUUAAAGUGUUUGACAUUGAGGCGAGAAGCCGGGGUGAAAAAGAAGCGACCAUCUUUCACAAUCUCCAGGAUGCAAAGCCUCACCCGAAUAUAGUCCUGCCGUAUGGCUCUUUCAUCCAACGUGGACGGUACUAUAUUGCUCUCGAGUAUGCCAACGAGGGCAACCUCCUUGACUACUUCAACAAAGGUCCCUCUUUUCCAGACCAAAGAUCUCUCGAGAACUUCCUCGAACAACAUUUUGCGCUAUAUUCUGCCCUGCAGAGAGUCCACCGAGACAUCAAGCCGUCAAAUAUUCUAGUAUUUAGGCAGCCCGAUGGCGGUUUGAUACUGAAACUGAGCGACUUUGAGUGUGCAUCCACCUCUCCCCCCAAAGGAGCCGGUCAUAGGACGUACUCGUCCGAUGAUGGAAAUCGAACGUACAUCGCGCCGGAACGAGCUGCCUUUGGCAGCAUUGAUAAGGGGGCUCGCCAGGCACAGUCUACCCGCUGGCAAACAUUUGAACUUGGCGCUGUAAUCAGCGAGAGCUUCAUCUGGGCGGCUUUUGGUAAUAGGGGGCGCGAGCAGUAUCGAGCAGAUCGCAACAGGGAAAUUGCCGAGCGCAAGCCAGAAGCCGAUCGUGCAGGCUGUGGCUAUAUGUUUCAUGAUGGGAUAGAAGUCCUGGAAUGUGUGUCAUACUGGCAUAGGAGUGCGGCCGGAGAGUUGGGGCGCUCCAACCAUGUCUGCCACGCCGUUAGGCGGGUUUUGGAGAACCAUGUUCUGGUCCCAAAGCGUGACCGACUAAAGCCACCCAUGAAAGUGAACGAUGAGUUCCAGGGCUUUAUGGAUAGGGCCAGGCAGGGAGGAGAACUACCCGGGUCGUACUCCCAGGUGUUCAGGCCUCGGCCUUCACGUUCACAGGAAUCGGCGAAUUUGAUUCACUCCAACUGGGGAAGCGCCAUAAUACCUCCGAUCGAUCAUGGUGGUUCAGAAGCUGUUAAUUAUCACCCCAUCAGUCCUAACCUCCUCCGGAACGCUUCGGGCAGAUCGAGAGGGGAGACGGAGCACACUAGGCGCCAAGAAGAGUCAGACCAGCCAUUACCAUUCCGCGCUGCGUGCGAUCCUUCAGUAGUCCAUUGGAAUCACCAACCACUGCAUCUGACCUGUGAGCCUAAAUCGCCUAGGAUGAAUAGUUAUUUCCAGAGCCCACAGAUGAUGACCUCCCGACGACAGAGCGAGUCUACUUCCGAAAUGCUCUACGACGGGUUCGGUGGGCCAUUGACACCGGAACCUGUAUCACAGUCGUACUAUACACCUCCACAAGGACCCAGAAUCGCCGGUUGUGGAUCUUUCAAUGGCACAAUGCCAGGGUUUGAUGGCCGCCUCUAUGCCCAUCAUAGCCAAGAACAACCAGCGCACAUCUGGGGGACAAAUCGCUUUUCUCCGGCCCGACCGCCCAAUCCUGCUCCGCAGCUCACGGGUCAACCUCGUUCCGCCCCAUCGCAUACCCAGCCCCAUGUCUCUGGCCAACUCCGCGGCCAACUCCCUUCCGCCCUAUUGCAUACACAACAUCAGAGAGAUAGGCAUAUGCCACCUCAGAGAAAUAGGGUUACGGGCUCCCCCAGUUACCGCUUCAGCACUCAACGCCAGCCCACACAGAACAAUAUUCCCCUCGACAUGGCAGUCGAAGAUAUUUACAUGGGCAUGCGGAAGCCUACGAUCGAGGCACCACCAGUUCCUCAAGACGUCCAAAAAGACCUUGGAAACGUGGCUCUCUCGCGCUUAGCCAAGAGCACGGAUCAGGAUGGUGCUGAGGCACACCUAACCUCGAACCCCCCCGAGCAGAUUGAGCCACCGUGGUGGAAUUUGUGGAAGAGAUUUGAAAUUUGGAAGAAAAGCGGCUGA